AUGGAUUCUAAAAGAGCAGUUAUUUACGAGUUUCUUGCCAAGCGACCGGACAUCUGCCAAAGUCUUCGCCUCCAUCUGCAGGCGCAAAAAGGCCACAAUGGGGGUCCAGGGCCGACGGUGGACGUCGCGAGAACGCUUGAAGUUCUGCAAGAUACGGGAAUGCUGACAGACGUCCAGCAGCAACUGGCAACGUACAUGCAGUCGGCGGAACGUAUGGUUGAGGCAGAUGCUUCUGAGCAUACCCGGAAGGAAGUGAAGCGGCGAGAGGGCUCAGCGCUCGAUUGUCAGCUACAGGACAUCUGUCGGAAUGCUGCUACGCCCGCCUCUCCAGAAAGUGGCUACGGGCCGCUGGAGGCGACAUCGUCAUCCGUUCUUACUCAAGAAGUUCAGUCCAGUUGGCUACCUGAACAAGCAGGACCAAAUGUUCCUCCCUAUCUGCUGUGCCGGUUCUCGGAUGGCCACGGCUUUUCCGAGUAUGCAGAUCCAGCCCGGCAUACUGGCUCUUACUUUGUCAUCCAUGUGUCCUUUGGAAGUCAAAGAUUUCGAAGUCGUCCUGUGGAGGUUCAUAAAUUGGUGAAGCUGCAGGGCGUCGGUGCACGAGAGGGGCUCUCCAUUGGUAAACUGGACAUGGAACUUCAGCUACUUCCUCGUGAUGAAGCCAAACAACUUGGCUUCGUAGAAGUGGACUCGCAGCUACGUCGUGGAGAACAAGAGAAUUCCUCUUACGGUCUCGACAGUCCAUUUCACUGCGCACGAUUCGUGGCAGCCAUUGAAACCGAACGGCGGGGCACCGCGAGUGUGUUGCUGAGCGGAGAAUGCGGGAACGACGUGUGGUGUAGCUGGCCUGCUCUUCUUGCUCGAGGAGUAGGGACGGUUGAGGACCAUGCCAUGCUGCUUUGCUCGUUAUUGCUAGGCUUCUCCAUGGAUGCAUGGGUUGCGCUAGAGGAUUUGCCGUACUGCUGGGUCGUCACAAGAGACCAGUGCGGGGAUCCGAAGAACGCGACUUUCUGGGAUGCAUGUACGGGGCAGCGCCUGGCCUCGUUCGAUCCUGCAAUCGCCGUGCGUUUCGCAUCGGUUCACUGUGUCUUUAACCAUAAGGCGUUCUAUGCGUGCUGCUCCGUCAUUCAUGCGGCCGACAAACUGCAUUACCAUUUUGAAGACGAUACGUCGAUGUGGUGGAAAAUGCCAGAGGACGUCUUCAAUUCGCCUCUCCUGAAGGUCGAAGAAAAUAUCAGGCAUAUGGUCGACAAUUACCGUCGGUUGAAACUCGACGGCUUGGAUACGCAGUGGGAUGACGCCAUGUCCAUCGCCCUGUCUAUGGCGCUGGCAAACUAUGAAACGGAGCGAACCAUCGGAGUAACGUUCGGAGACAGGGCGUUCCGAGAUAUCGUUAAGGGCUUGUCUAAAGCAUACAUAUUCAAGGCCUGCCCAUUACACUUUCACACUGGAGACGUCUCCGUUUAUUUCGGUGCUCUCUUGAGUAACACUGUCGGUCGCCACAUCCUUGAUCUGCCUCUGGGCCCUGUCAAAUGUGUCUACGGAGUGAGAUGCAAGAUUUUCAAACUUCCAGAAGAUCAAGUUUCUGUAUGGGUUAUAUUGGCUGUUCGACACGAUCCAUGCUACUAG